CGGGAACUAAAGGGAUUCGGGGCACAUGCGGAGGCAUGGGAGGCUUCCUCUGCAUUGUGCAGCACCAAAAAAAAAGUUCCGGGAUGAGGUUAGAGCUCACGGAUAUAAAAAGGUGGGGCGGGUCGUCCCUCUGUCCACCGUCUCUCCACCUCUUUCUUCACUCCGAUUCUCCCGAACCACCAUUAUCGCAAGAUGUUGUACAAGUACCUCAUCGUCCUCGUCGCCACCUUCUUGGUUGCCUUCCCCAGCUUCGCCCACGGAGCGUCCGGCUACUUGGGCUCCUGCAGGAAUGUGAGACUCAACUCGCAGUACCGUGAAACCCUCGACGCGGAAUGCAAGAACAACGGCGGCAGCUACCGUGCCGCAUCCAUCUACCUUCCCAGCUGCUUGGGAAACACCAACGGCGUGUUGGUCAGCCCUGGAUCUGGAUACCAGAACUCAUGCAGAGACUGCGCAUACCAACCGGGAGGGGUGUUCUACUGCCAAUGCAAGAACAGAGCCGGCACCUGGAAGACCAGUCGUGUUAACACAAAUGGAUUUAUUGGCAACUUCAAUGGCUUGUUGAGGUGCUGAAUGAACGGAUUAGAGGUAGAAGUCGAUGGAAUACGUUCACAAUGAUCUAGCAGGUGGCUUUUAUAGUCGGCGUAGUUGGGGGUGAGCAUUUUGUAGAUGGAAAAGAGUAUCAGACAGGGGUGAGCAUUUUGUAGAUGGAAAAGAGUAUCAGACAAUCCCUUUCGCCAAGCUCAGAUGCUAGAUAUACAUCAUCAAACGGCGUGAGCGGUGUGCGAGACUG